CCUGGUCGGGUAAAGGGUCGCUUGUUUAGUUUAAAUGAAAUCUCUCGAAGAAAACAAAGGCAGGAAGGGAGCCCUCUUUCUGUGAAACGCAUGCUGUGUGGGCCUCAUAAGUCAAUUUGGCGCUGCAGCGUAUACGGGGAGGGUUUUUUGUUUUUGUUUUUUUGCAAGAGCGUCAAAACUGGCUGCAGACGUCAAAAUCUCCUGUCUUUCCUUGUCCUAGUGAGAAAUGACAGCGUAGCUAGCAAGUGUAUGGUAUCUACAGAUGAUUAGGAUGAUUAAAAAGUAGAUUCGUAUGAGGAAAAAGUCAUCGCCUGUUUUUCCUUGUAUUUUCACUGUUAAAUUUUAGAAUUUUUUCAUUCUUGGUAUUGUAAGGCUUUUUAGAAACCCACCCUACACUUUUUAAAAAACGGACCACUGCAGAAAUACAUCUAAAGGAAGAUUUCCUUUUGGUAAUUUAAUCAGUGCAAGUGCAAUUAAAGAAAAAUGGAUGUAGAAAAUGAGCAGAUACUGAAUGUAACCCCUACAGAUCCUGAUAAUUUAAGUGACUCUCUCUUUUCUGGAGAUGAAGAAAAUGCUGGGACUGAGGAAAUAAAGAAUGAGAUAAAUGGAAAUUGGAUUUCGGCAUCUUCCAUUAAUGAAGCAAGAAUUAAUGCCAAGGCAAAAAGACGACUACGGAAAAACUCAUCCCGUGACUCUGGCAGAGGUGAUUCGGUCAGUGAUAAUGGAAGUGAAGGCCUUAGAAGUGGAGUAACUGUACCAACCAGUCCAAAGGGAAGGUUGCUAGAUAGACGAUCCAGAUCUGGGAAAGGAAGGGGACUACCAAAGAAAGGUGGUGCUGGAGGCAAAGGUGUCUGGGGUACACCUGGACAGGUAUAUGAUGUGGAGGAAGUGGAUGUGAAAGAUCCUAACUAUGAUGAUGACCAGGAGAAUUGUGUUUAUGAAACUGUAGUUUUGCCUUUGGAUGAAAUGGCAUUUGAGAAGACUUUAACACCAAUCAUACAGGAAUAUUUUGAGCACGGAGAUACUAAUGAAGUUGCGGAAAUGCUAAGAGAUUUAAAUCUUGGUGAAAUGAAAAGUGGAGUACCGGUGUUAGCAGUGUCCUUAGCCUUGGAGGGAAAAGCUAGUCAUAGAGAAAUGACAUCUAAGCUUCUUUCUGACCUUUGUGGGACAGUAAUGAGCACAAAUGAUGUAGAAAAAUCAUUUGAUAAAUUGUUGAAAGAGCUACCUGAAUUAGCAUUGGAUACUCCUAGAGCACCACAGUUGGUGGGCCAGUUUAUUGCUAGAGCUGUUGGAGAUGGAAUUUUAUGUAAUACCUAUAUUGAUAGUUACAAAGGAACUGUAGACUGUGUACAAGCUAGAGCUGCUCUGGACAAGGCUACGGUGCUCCUGAGUAUGUCUAAAGGUGGAAGGCGCAAAGACAGUGUAUGGGGCUCUGGAGGUGGGCAGCAGUCUGUUAAUCACCUUGUUAAAGAGAUUGAUAUGCUGCUGAAAGAGUAUUUACUCUCUGGAGACAUAUCGGAAGCUGAACAUUGCCUUAAGGAAUUGGAAGUACCUCAUUUUCACCAUGAGCUUGUAUAUGAAGCCAUUAUAAUGGUUUUAGAGUCAACUGGAGAAAGUACCUUUAAAAUGAUUUUGGAUUUAUUAAAAUCUCUUUGGAAAUCUUCUACCAUUACUCUAGACCAAAUGAAAAGAGGUUAUGAGAGAAUUUACAAUGAAAUUCCAGACAUUAAUCUAGACGUCCCACAUUCAUACUCCAUGCUUGAGCGAUUUGUAGAAGAAUGUUUUCAGGCCGGAAUAAUUUCCAAACAGCUCAGAGAUCUUUGUCCUUCAAGGGGCAGAAAACGUUUUGUAAGUGAAGGAGAUGGAGGUCGUCUUAAACCAGAGAGCUACUGAAUAUAAAAACUCUUGCAAGUCUUAGAUGUUAUAAAAAAUACAUAUAUCUGAAUUGUAAGAGUUGUUAGCACAGUUUUUUUUUUUUUUUUUUUUUUCAAAGCACUUGUUUUGGGUUUAAGGCAUUUCCGAAAUUUUGUAAACUUACAUUUAAGGGGAAUUUUUAAAGGAAGUGUUUUUUUUUUCUUUCUUUUUCUUUUUUCCGAGGGUGUAAAGGAGGGACAGAAAAGUAACCACUUCUUAAGUGGAAUAUUCUCAUAAGCUACCUUUUGUAAGUGCCAUGUUUAUGACCUAAUCAUUCCAAGUUUUGCAUUGUCUGACUGCCACUCCUUUCUUUCAAGGACAGUGUUUUUGUAGUAAAAUCACUGGUUUAUACAAAGCUUUAUUUAGGGGGUAAAGUUAAGCUGCUAAAACCCCAUGUUGGCUGCUGCUGUUGAAAUACUGUGCUUUGGGAGUAAAAAAAAAAGUUAUUUCUUUGUCUUAAAGAAUUUUAAGAAAAUGGGUUAGUCAUGAGACUUAUUCAUCUUUCCAGGGAACAUACUGAUUGGUCUUAAAGACUAGACAGUUAAGUAAAUGGUGGCUGGAACAUCUAUUUUUCUACAAAACUGGAAAAAUGAACCCGGUUCUAGAGAAUGUAUGACAAAAUAAAACAUGUGAAGCAGUGUUGAUUCUUUA